AUGGCCCUGGUAGCGCCACCGGCCCACGAUCGCAAGCGCGUCAAGGUCUACGAGCUCAAGAACAAUGACUGGUUCGACAGAGGCACGGGCUUCUGUAGGGGGGUCGUAGUGAAUCAGGAGGAGGCCAAGAUUGUGGUGCUGUCCGAGGAUGAUCAGACGCGCCAGCUGCUCGAGACGCGCAUUAGCAAAGACGACGGCUACCAGAAGCAGCAGGACACACUCAUAGUAUGGACCGAGCAGAAUGGCACCGACAUGGCCCUCAGCUUCCAGGAGCCAGAGGGCUGCGCCAACAUAUGGGACUUCGUCAAUGACGUGCAGUCGCGCUUGCAGCAGCUAGCACAAGACGAUGGUCUUUCAGACGAUAUAGACCACAUUGGCCCCAUAAUGCUCCCCAACCCCGACCUUGGCAACCUCCACGAGAUCGAGAACCACAUGCGCGCUGCAAAUUCAACACCAGGCGGUCGCGAAGCCCUGGCCAAGUUCAUCCUGGCGCAAAAGUACAUUCCCAUGCUCAUACCAUUGGUCGACAUGGCAGAAGAUCUCGAGAGCGUAUCAGAUCUGCAUCGGUUAUGCAGUAUCAUGAAGAUGCUCAUCUUACUCAACGACACCUCCAUUAUAGAAUACGUGGUGCAAGACGACAUCAUCUUGGGUGUCGUUGGGGCGUUGGAGUACGACCCCGACUUUCCACUGCACAAGGCAAACCACAGACAGUACCUCUCCGACGAAUCUAAGUUUAAGGAAGUGGUCAAAAUCGAAGACGAGUUGAUAAAACGGAAAAUCCACUCGACGUACCGCUUGCAGUACCUCAAGGACGUUGUUCUGGCGCGCAUUCUCGACGACCCCACCUUCUCGGUUCUCAACUCGCUCAUCUUCUUUCACCAAGUCGACAUUGUCCAGCACCUGCAAUCGAACCUCCCCUUCUUGAAAGAGCUAUAUAGCAUAUUCGGUACAAAAGAGCAAAACUUGCAGCGCAAAAAGGAUGCAGUCCUGUUCAUUCAACAGUGUUGCUCGAUAGCAAAGAGCUUACAGGCGAAUGGUCGAGCCCAGCUGUACCAGAACUUCAUCAGCAAUGGCCUGCUAGAAGUCAUCCAAUUUGCCCUUAAGCACCAGGAUGCGUCUGUACGUGUCGCAGGAACAGACAUACUUGUUUCUCUCAUAGACCACGAUGCCUUAAUGGUCCGCAGCUACAUCUUCAAGGCUAUCCAGGAGAAGUCGAAACCGCUGACAGACACGCUGAUCGAGCUGCUCCUGAUCGAGGUCGACCUGGGAGUGAAGGCGCAGAUGGCAGACGCGAUCAAGAUAUUGCUGGACCCCAACGCCAACUCGGCAUCGAUCGAGGCGCUGGGGCGGACGAACAGUGACUUCUUGGCAAAGAUGAGAGGUCAACUUCCGUCAAUACCUCAAACCGACUCCUUCAUCCAAAACUUCUACGACGAGUCUGCACGAAAGCUCUUCCAACCCCUCAAGGAGCUUGAAAGCAGGGAGUCGAUGGCCGAUCUCUCGAUACAAGAAGUGUCCUUAUACGCUCACCUCGUUGAAGUGUUGUGCUUUUUCAUCCGUCAACAUUCUUACCGCAGUAAAUACUUCAUUCUUUCAGAAGGCCUCGCAGCGAGGGUAGGCCAGCUUAUGAGCUGUCCAGAAAAGCACCUCAAGCUAACCGCUCUCAAAUACUUUCGCACAGUCAUUGCCCUACACGACGAAACACAUAAUCGCCAAAUCAUUCAGCAUCAACUUUUUGAACCGAUCCUACAAGUUUUGUUCGAUACAAUGCCGCGGGAUAACCUCCUGAACUCGGCCUGCCUCGAGCUUUUCGAGUUCAUCAAGCGUGAAAACAUCAAGAUCAUCGUCCAACAUCUCGUCGAGACAUAUCGCGAGAAACUUCAGGACAUCACAUACGUCGACACCUUCCAGAAUCUCAUUCUGCGCUACGACCAGAUGCAAGAGCCAGUGACCACACAAGAGCUGGACAACUCCUUCACUAGCGUGGAAAGCGAUACACCUGCAAGGCCGUCCAGCUUGGCCAACGGUGGCAAGUGGGGCCAAGGGUUGAGGGAUGUAGACGCGGAUGAGGAAGCAUACUUCAACACGUCCGACGACGAAGACGAGCUGGCAGCCCCAGGAAAGACAGUUUUGAAUGGAGCAUCGCCAGUGCGACCACUGGUGAACUACCCGGAUGACGACGCCGAAGAGGACGACAUCGACAUGGAUAUCCCACUUGCCAUGCGCAACACAACAGCACUCAUUCAGACCAAGGACGAAACCAAGUCACCGAAAACGACCAGCGCUGUAGGAUCACCACCAGAGCGCAUCUCGGAGAAGCGCCGCAGAGAGGAGGACGAAGAAGAUGAGCUGCUUGCCAACAUAUCGACAACAACCGCACCCAAACGUCGCGCUUCGACAUCAAGCAACACAAGUACUUCGAGUCUACGCAGCCUACGUCGAAAGUCGCCACAGAUCAAUUCCGGGAAAGAUGGCGGAACACCGAAGAAGAUAUCAAUAUCGCUACCCGUGAAGAGCGGCGGCGAGAACAACGAGAACGAAUGA